AUGCACACUCCAACCCUCCUCCUCACCCUCCUCCCCUUCCUCUCCCUCUCAUCAUCCGCCACCGCAGCCUUCCCCUCCCUCUCCCUCACCGACAUCCAAUUCUCCUCCUACGUCCUAUAUGUUUCCCCCUCCGCACAAGGGCCCCGACAAGGUGUCAUCGGCUUCACCAUGACCAACAGCGCCAUCGAAGUGCCCAUCUCUUGCAGCGCCAUAUCUUACAAUGCCUACGCCCUCUUCUCCUCCUCCGUAACCUACGAAUGCAAAUUCGCGCCUGCGGGAGGCGAGGAAGGGAGAGAGGACCCGUGGUGCUACACCAACAGUGCGACGUUCAAUUUCGACACGACGAAACGGGAUGAGAAGAAUGCGACGAUUCAUGAUUUGACCGUGCAGAUGAGUUGGACGUGUGAAAACGAGGGUGUUUACGGUCUUUCCGCCCAGACUGUCUUGGACCUGGACUGUAGUGUUUGGGCGUGUGAGAACCACAUGUGGCCCAAGUACGAUAUCUUCUCCAACACUAGUACAUACUGUGCGCCGUACAAUGUUAGUUUCGGGACUGGAGAUGUCGAGGUGCUGAAGCUGGAGUAA